AUGGGCAGCAAGGAAGAUGUGGGGAAGGGAUGUCCGGCGGCCGGUGGCGUCUCCAGCUUCACCAUCCAGUCCAUCCUGGGCGGGGGCCCUUCCGAGGCACCGCGGGAACCCGCCGGGUGGCCAGCCAGGAAACGCAGCCUGUCUGUGUCCUCGGAGGAGGAGGAGCUGGACGAAGGCUGGAAAGCGCCGGCUUGUUUCUGCCCAGAUCCGCACGGCCCCAAGGAGCCAAGCCCUAAGCACCAUCCCCCCAUCCCUUUCCCUUGCCUGGGUACCUCCAAAGGCAGCGGAAGCGCAGGGCCUGCGGGCUCGGAGCGCACGCCUUUCCUUUCUCCUUCUCACUCGGACUUUAAAGAAGAGAAAGAGAGGCUCUUGCCGGCGGGCUCGCCCUCUCCGGGCCCGGAACGGCCUCGGGAUGGUGGUGCGGAACGGCAGGCCGGGGCGGCCAAGAAAAAGACGCGCACCGUCUUCUCCCGCAGCCAGGUGUAUCAGCUCGAGUCCACCUUCGACAUGAAACGCUACCUGAGCAGCUCGGAGCGCGCCUGCCUGGCCUCCAGCCUGCAGCUCACCGAGACCCAGGUUAAGACUUGGUUCCAGAACCGCCGCAACAAGUGGAAGCGGCAACUCUCGGCCGAACUGGAGGCGGCCAACAUGGCACACGCGUCGGCGCAGACUCUCGUGGGCAUGCCGCUGGUGUUUCGGGACAGUUCACUGCUGCGAGUGCCGGUGCCGCGCUCGCUCGCCUUCCCGGCGCCGCUCUACUACCCCAGCAGCAACCUCUCGGCCUUACCUCUCUACAACCUGUACAACAAGCUUGACUACUGA